AUGGCUCCAUCCCCGCAUGGACGAGUGACGUUGUCCCACCCGACAACCUGGAAUUUCGACAUCGAUCGGUAUGUGAAUCCAUUCGUGCCGGCGCCACGAUGGCAUCUCAUACCACGACCUGUCGCCUAUAUGCUAGGCCAUCGGGAUAAACCACCCAAGCCAAUAGGCAACAUCGUGGUCGCCUUAUGGUCGUUGGUUGGAGCGUUUUGCGGUGUGGCUUUGGUGGCAUCUGUUACGAAACGGGUACCUUCUUUUGAAGCGCGUGAUGCGCCAGUGAUUAUUGGCAGUUUUGGUGCGGCGGCAGUUAUUGAAUUCGGUGCCAUCGAAUCACCCUUCGCACAACCACGAAAUGCGGUCCUGAGCCAAGUUAUCGCCUGUUUCUUCGGUGUCGGGAUAUCGAAAUUGUUCGCCUUGAACCCUCAUGCUGAAGCGUAUACUGAGCUUGGUGGUGCUCUUGCUUGCGGUCUUACCACGGCUGUCAUGAUUCUCACCAAUACUACACACCCGCCCGCAGGUGCGACUGCUGUUCUGGCAGUGACACACGCUCAAACUGUUGCUCUGGGCUGGUUUCUUUUCCCAGUCAUGUUGCUUGGGCUCGGGCUUAUGCAGGCUGCGGCCGUGAUCAUUAACAAUGUGCAGCGUCGAUUUCCGCUGUACUGGUGGACAUCACACCCUUUGUCGCGGUCUCGGGGGGAUGUCGAAAAGGCUACUCAUAAGGAAACGGGGAGUGUUCCUAGUCAUUAUGAGGAUAGUCUGACUGAUGUUCCUCGGCGGUUGAUAAUAGAACGUGGUGAUAUUUCCUUGCCGGAUGGAAUAUCGCUUUCUGUUGAGGAACAAGAAGUGUUGGAGAGGAUCAGUGACAGAAUUUGA